CGUUGAUCGCCAGUCGAAGUAAAACAGCUAGUUGGAACCGGAAUGGCAUACGGAAUAAUUUUUUAUGAUCUUGCUCAAGGCCCUACUGCGUAUAUACCGGAUCAAGGUUCACUUGUUUGAUUGCUCCUUUCGCCAAGCUAGAAGACGAGGCUGUGGCUUUCAGGUUGCAUGGCAAAUAUUCAUAUUACUGGUUGAAUACAAUUGACGAUGAUCUUUUCUGAUUCUCGGCGCUAAAAUGAUGAGUUGGCUCCGCCCCCAAGUCAUUUGUCCUGUUCUCAAUCCCACUCUGCUGAUCUUCAACACUGGGAACAGCAUCGUUUUCUUGAUCUCAAAAAUUACCACAACGUCUUCAAGACAGCUAUCGAAACUGACUGAGAAAACCGAAAGAAAUGAAUACACGCCGUCCUCUGCACUGUGGCGACUACAGUGUCGGCUGGAUAUGCGCCCUACAGUGUGAGCUGGACGCUGCCAGACGAGCAUUAGACGAAAUACACGACCCUAGCAUCGAACUGGCAGAAAGCGACAAGAAUACAUACAGCUACGGGGAGAUCCAUGGUCAUAAUGUGGUGAUAACGUGUCUACCAUCUGGUGGAUAUGGAACGACGCCAGCAGCGGUUGCUGCGCAACACAUGAAUGCCAGCUUUCCAUCGUUAAGGUACAGGUUCAUGGUUGGAAUUGGAGGAGGCAUUCCCAGCGAGACCAACGACAUACGACUGGGUGAUAUUGUGGUGAGCAAGCCAGAAGGGAAAAACCCAGGUGUCAUCCAGUAUGAUAUGGGAAAGACGCUGCCGUCUGGUCGGUUCGAAGAAGUUGGAAUACUGAACAAACCCCCUCGAGUCCUCCUAAACGCGAUCCCUCAUUUGCAAACAAAACAAGACUUUGAUCAGCGACUAGCGGCGGCGAUUGCAACGAUUGUGGCAAAUGGCGAAACUAUACUGCACAUCCCAGAAAGCCAAUUGGAUCGUCUGUUUCACCCGACCUACGCUCACCCAGAGUCAAAUUCAACCUGUGACGAGUGCGAUCGGGGAUGGCUAGUGGAUAGAGAAAAGCGAUAUUCUGAAUGCCCUCGUGUGCAUUAUGGACUGAUUGCGUCUGGUAACCAAGUGAUGAAGGAUGCGAUAACUCGAGAUAAGCUUACGAAAGAUCGAAACGUCCUAUGUUAUGAAAUGGAAGCAGCUGGAUUGAUGGACGAUUUUGAAUGCUUGGUUAUACGAGGGAUAUGCGACUAUUCGGACUCGCACAAGAACAAAAUCUGGCAGCCUUAUGCAGCCGCUUCCGCGGCGGCAUAUGUGAAAGCAUUGUUGGAAGUUUUGCCUCGGCGUCAGGCUCAAGAAAACUCGGAACAGAAAGUGCAGAUACCUCACGAGCUGAGAAACUAUCUAAACCGCUUGUAUGUGACGGAUCCGAGUGAGAACAGGCGAAGUCUCAUGGCACGGAGAGGGGGGCCGACCGAAAGCACUUGCCAGUGGAUCUUUGAGACUAAAGAGCUAGCCAAAUGGUUAGACCCCAGAGCGGAAGGGAGUCGCCCUGAAGAUAGCAUAUUUUGGCUUCAUGGCCUACCGGGAAGUGGAAAGUCGACAAUGGCCAUGUGUCUAACAGAAGGCCUAGAGCGGCGGUUUGUCAACCUCGAGCAAGAAUCAUUCGCGUACUUCUUUUGCGAGGCAAACCACGACACACAGAACACCGCUACAACCAUUCUCAGAGGGAUCUUAUGGCAGCUGGUGCGCCAAAAUCCAAUCCUCGGAGAUUCGCUUGUUCAAAAGUUUCAUGAACGCCAGGAUACAUUGCUUCGGUCAUUUGAUGCUCUCUGGACCGUUUUUACAGAAAUAAUUGUCGAUCCUAGGUGCGGAGUUUCGUACUGUGUUAUCGAUGCAUUAGAUGAGUGCGACAAUGAGUCACAGAUCCUUAUCCUCCAGCAGCUGAAACUCAGCUUCCUUGACCAACCUUGGCACGAGUUCACUCAAAAUGUUCGCAUCCUGAUCACUAGUCGGCCCUACCAAGAGAUCUCCGAAUACCUUCGUCUAUUUCCUUCACAGGAUCUUGCAAAGUUUGAAGAAAGGGCUAGAGAUAUCGAGGUCUUUAUUGAAAAGAGGGUCGAUGAGUUGCACAAGCAUAAGAGCUACCCAGACGGAAUGGCCAGUCAAAUACGAAACAUAUUGCAGGAAAAAUCAGAGGGCACGUUUCUCUGGGUUGGAUUGACGUGUGAAGAUCUGAUGAAAGUCGGCGUGCAAGAUACACUGCCUUUCCUUGAAAGGCUGGCACCCGGCCUGGAUAGGCUCUACAAAAGUCUGAUGGAGAAAGCAUUCGAGAGCGAGGUGAAGAGGGACACAGUCUACUCUAUCCUCACUGUUGUUGCAGUCUCACGAAAGCCACUUACCCUGUUUCAACUCUGCAUGGCCUGUUCCCUCCACGCUGGAGAGGAGAAAGACCGGAGAAUUGCGUUCACAAGAGAGGACAUUAAACUCUGCCGCCUAAUGAUUGUGGAGCAUGACGGGAUUGUCAACCUUCUCCAUAAGUCAGUACAUGACUUUAUCUUCAAAUCUGAUCUGACCCAGCUUCCAACUGCUGAAGAGUCACAUGCUCGGCUUGCAUAUUCCUGCAUUAACUACACUGCACAACACUUUGGGAAGCCUCUCGGACGUCUUGAAAACUUGCUAAAUGACCUUGAAUUACAGCAAUGGGAGGCAGAGAGGGAUGGUGAAUUGAUUGAAUAUAUCAGGGAGGAAGAUUCCAGAUGGGAUGAAUUCAUACCGUAUUGUAUUCAAUACUGGAUGGAGCACGCCCACUUUGCCGGUCCCAAAUUUGAUGUUGAUCACGUCACGGAGACCCAUUUUCUCACUCUAAAGUCUCUUUCUCGCGAACGAUGGCUGCGAUGCUACAGAUUAAUUUACCGCAGGGUUCCAAAGAACCUGGGGCUAUUACACAUCGCAGCAAAAUGGGGCAUACCUGCGUUUAUUCCUUUCGUCCUUGGUGAGCAGUCGACAGAUGAUGGUAACUACUACAUUGAUACCGAAUUCCUGACAGACACCCACUCUACACCUCUGGAAGAGGCUGCGGAAUCGGGAAACACGGGAAUAUUUACUGAGUUGGUGUCCCGAAGUCAUCCUGCAACGGUCAUCACAGGCUCUGUUCUAACUGCUGUAUUUCGCCAUAACGCCAACCGUGGCGACCUGAUCUCCGGGCUGCUGAAGAAUAUGGGCCAUCGGAUAGUUGUGACUGAGGACAUGGAGAUAGCUGCAGCCGAGAGUGAUGGUGAAGCACCGGAGAUAUUAAAGCACCUGCUGGCUCAUCGAGACAGAAGGUCACAUGCCACUGGGCCUCAUAUCAGCGAGUCUGUGCUUGUCGCAGCAGCUAAAAAUGAAGACAAAGGAGAGCAAACUAUGAAGUUCAUGCUGGAUUAUCUCAAUCAUGAAGUCGCGGUGACUGAGGAACUUCUUAAAGUCGCAGCAUCAAACACCAAGGAUGGUACCAUUCUCAUGGAGAUGCUUCUUGAACACUGGAAAGAGAACGAUAUUCCAGAGAGCGUCAUCGCUGCAGCAGCCGAAAAUGAGACCGAGGGACCAUUCGUCAUCAAGGUACUACGAACACGGGUGGCUCAUAGCAUGCAAAUUACCGAUUUUAUCCUCUCGUGCGCUUUCAGAAACAUCGAGAGCGGCAUCGAUUGUCUUGAGCAGUUGUGGAAGGAUUCAUCACAGCCCCCUGUACUUGGACGAUUCGCAAUCCCGAGACGGUAUGAUGAGCGUGCUAAAGAUGAGCCGGCUUUGUUGUGGGCUCUUUCAAAACCACGCGAUUCUGUCGUUGUAUCUGAGGAUGGAGCCCGUGCGAUCUUUGGAGCUCGAAGUGUGGCGGCCAUAAAAAAGGUUUUGGCCCUACGUGAAGACGUUAUGGAUCUGCCAGAAGAUCUACUUGUGGCCGCUGCGAGUAACCGUCACCAUGGUCUAGCUAUAUUUACAUUCCUGUUCCUAUCCUACUCACAGCGCCUCCUGGUGACUGAGAGAAUGGUUGCAGAAGCCGUAUGGUCGAACAGGGAGACACUGGAUAUCCUCUUGGCACAUAAACCAAUGGGUCAGGACGUGGUGAAUCGAGAAGCCAUUAGGAACGCCGCACAUCUGGAAACUGGUGCACUAGAUGUUAUGAACACUCUACUCAAUGCUAAGACAGGAUCAAUCAUGAUUGAUUAUGACUUACUGUGGAGAGUAGAAUAUCCUGCUACACAUACUGAGGCCACCAUGAACCUUUUUUUACAACAGAAAAGCACCACUGCCUUCAUCGAUAUUGACCUAAUCAAAGCUCUGAACUACAAGGACUGGAAAUUGAAUUUUAUGGAACGAAUUCUGGCCAUGCCAGAGGAUCGAGUCACGAUUUCGUGUUGGGCUAUUGACUCUAUUGCCAGAAGGUAUGGGCGAAAGAAUACCGAGCUGCUGCUCCUUCACCGGGGGGUUGAUGCUAUCGAAUAUGGCACUGCAAAAUUCAUUCUUCAAAGUUAUGACGUGGACUUAAUAAUCCUUAUGCUAGAUCGAUGGGAGUUCGAAAUGACCCGGGAAUUGCAACAUGGCGCAUCUCUUAAUGCCGAUGCCCCUGGGACUUUGUCCACUCUUCUAGAGCGUACCUCAGGAGAAUUACCCUUCGAUGAAAAAGUAUUGGAGAUUGUUGUCAGCAAAUGCGAGCCACAUGUCAUCGAACAAUAUUUCCAGCGCCUAUCGCUUCAAACAGAAUCAAGAGAGAUGCUUGAUAUUCUGGCAUUCUGUCAGUCGAGAUCCGGAUACACCCAGUCUUUGAUCCAACUGCUAUUGCAACGCCGUGAAGAUGCCAGCGUUAAGAAGAAAUUGUUUGAAGGGAUUGUCGAGUCGUGCACUGAAUCCGAAGUAGUAACCGCACUACGACAAAAUGAAUUUGCAAAUACACUGGGGCCAAGCGGAAUGUCCACGGAUUCUAUGGCUAGGGCAGCUUUGAGAAACAUAAAAAGCGGCAGUGCGGUAUUCAAGCUCCUGAUUGACGACGAUGAUGCUCUGAAGCUCAAUAUCGAUGCGGAACUGAUCUACGGCAUGUUACGAGUCUUAGAUUCAAAAACAAUACAGCUUAUAGCUCAGAACAAGCCCAAUAAGCUCCCAGGACUGAACAUGAUCUUGGUUCUUUCAGCAGCUGCAGAGAAUUGCAGUUGCGGCGACAAAGUUAUCGAGUCAAUUCUGAACAUCAAUAGUGACAUACCCAAGAACAAGCUGUUCAAACAACGGUCCCCAUCUCUUUACUUGAAAAGCCAUCAAGGCCCUUGGCCAGUUACCGAAGCUACCAUGGAAUCGGCUGCUGGGAACCAGAGGCUGGGGCAGAAGAUCAUGCGACUAUUGCUAGAAGUCCACCCUGACAAGGUAUGGAUUACAGAUAGUGGGUUGAGGGGGAUAAUCAAGAACUUUGGCAUUGGGAUAAUCCGAGAGGUAAUGUCAGACGACAGACUCCAAGUGGAUAUAGACCAUGGCAUGAUUGAAGCAGGGGUGAGCAAUCGGCUUGACGGUCCGGACGUUCUUGAGCUCUUGCUCUCACAGGUGACAACGCAAGUCGAGAUCACAGGAAAAACAAUUUCUAUCGCUUUGGAAAAUACAAGUCACUACAAAGUCUUAUUACAUCAAUUGAUUGCAAGCGACAAGAUCCAUUUCGGCCAGGCCGCCAUCAUGGAGGCGUUGAAAACCCCGGAUUCCACCAUAAUCACAGAAUUAAUCCCGUCCCGCGCCGAGCAGAUCGCAAUGAAUGAAGUGUGUCUUUCAGAGGCUAUCGUCAGCCAAAGACACUCGCCUGCUCAUAUUUUCACCAUAUUCAAGUAUCUUUCCAAACUGAAUCAGCCAGUGACUAUCACGCCUAAGAUAAUAAGAAAUAUAAGGGAUUGUAGUCAUGGGCUGCAGGUGAUUCAUGAAGUCUUGAAUUACCGAAAUGACAAACUCCGUGUCACAGCACCUGCCAUGGCUUCGUUCCUUGAUUUGUAUAGUAAAUUUCUUGAUUCAGACUCGCCAGACUUUCCUGAGCAACUGAACCAGUGGUGCGAUUGUGUCGCUGUGUACUUCAGACAUUCGAGGGAGCAGAGGUCUGUUGAUGACGACAUACUGGUGGCGAUUCUACGUGCAAACCCAGACACCCGAUAUCUGCGCCGGGUUGGUGCACAGUUUUCAAUACCUGCGGUUGAAAAUUUUAUUUUUCCUCUGAUAUGUGGGGCAAGGGGUGAUUCUGGGGAGGAUAGCCUGGGUCAUUUUGCCUUACACCGGAUACUUAAAAACGUCCACUCACCGGCGGGCUUGACCGCAGGAGGCUUGAUAUCCAUCAUCAAACCGAUGUAUCCGAUGAUAGCAUUGGAAAUAACGCGGCUACCACACGAGGGCUUUCGAAUGUGUCAAGAAGUUGCCAUCCAGUUGACUGAGGUUGCAGACGAAAAGGUCAUGGCGAUGAUAUUCGACAGGGAUUACGGAUGCAUUCAGGUCACAGAAGAUAUGCUGCUUGCUGCCGCUGGAGGGUCUUCCCAGGUCCUCAUCUAUCUACUGGGUCUGGCUCCAACGAGCAUCAGCCCCGAAAUUAUCAUUAGAGCGCUAGAGAACGAUGGAAUUUCCGCCAGUAUUAUUCAGCCUCUUGUGAGACAUCUCCCAAGCCAAAUUGACAUCAAUAAGGAUUUAUUCGUCGCAGCCGCAGACAAGUCUUCGAUUUCCCUCGAAACAAUCCAGGCCUUUAGCACGCCAUUGAGCUUUCAAAAUGAUACCAGCGAAGCUGUCCUCAUCAGUAUACUCAAGAAGAACAGUUGCGAUGAACGGCUGAUGGAAAAGCUUCUGCAGGGGUCGUUCCCAUUGCCAGUCAUAGAGGAAGCCAUAGUUGUGGCCUCCCAUUCUGCUCACCGUACACCGAAAUUCAGUGGGACCAUUUACUGAACAACAUGUUAUGGAUCUACUGGCGAAGAUGAUUGAUCGGGGACCCCCGAGCGUUGAGUUCCUGGACAUUGCGAUACCACCUUUCAAGGCAGGUAAUUUGCAGUUCAUAAGAAAUCGGUUCGAGGGCCUCAGGGACAUGGAUCCGGCAUUGGCCUCUUCAUCUCUUGAUAAAUCAGACUUUCUCCAGCUUCAAAAUAUCCUCACAACCAAAGGCCUCCUGGGCACUAUUGAUGGAGACAAGUGUGGCAGGCAUUUUCUUGAAACCAGCACCCUAGGUUCGAAGUCUGAAGAGAGCAAUCCAUUUUUUCAUGAUAUAAUUGUUACCGAAGAGAUGGUGCGAUACAAGGCCUCAGUUUACAGGCGAGGUGACCCCAUAGGAUUAUUGUUACGUCAACAGACCCACCUGGUCAUUGUGAC